AUGAGUGACGACAGCUCCACAGAGGGGAGUUCCAGUAAAGUCCCACUUAAACGAUUCGGAUCACCUGUGAAUGGCGGCCGACUGGAUGGAACGCCGAACAAGAAGCGCGCAAAGAAACAGUCGGAAUCCGAGCUGGCUGUCUUAUCUGGUGACGACAACGCGGAGCAACAGGCAACAAGUCAACCGCCUCGAAUAUCUCCUGGAGAAAUGUUGACAAUCGUUCAAAAUAUUAAUCAGCAUCUGCAAAAGAACAAUUCACUUCGUAAACGUCGUUUCUCAAGCUUUACCGACUACGACUCUUUCGAUCUCCCGGCUAAUAUCUCAAGCGAGUGA